AUGAAUACAUCCUCAAGUAUAUUGCCUAUAAAAUAAACAGUUUCAUUAGAAGACGGUUUACCAAAAAAAAACACACGUGAGUUAAUUCUUGAAUUAAAACAACGUUUAUUUGCUGAUGAUUUCACUCGUUUUUUCCCAGAUGAUAAAAAAGCCAAAUACCAAGCAAAUUUUGCACUUUUUGAUCGUGAUAAUGAUAAAUAAAUAGACUUAGGGGAAUUAAAAGAACUCCUGACAUCUUUGGAUGUUCGAUUUCCUGAAGAUGAAUUAACUGAAUUAUAUAAUGAAUAUUUAAAAUAUAUUCAAGAAACAGUCCCUGAUUCAAUUGGAAUAGAUGAAAAUGCAGUAUAUAUUAUAGUUUCAAAAAAAUUAAGAGAAAAUGACAAAGAAGAAUAACUUACUCAAGCUUUUAAAUUAGUCGAAAAUGCAGUCAAUGAAGAAUUAGCGAAAAUUCCGAAUGAAAAUAGAGAAUAGGAAGGGUAUAUAAGAGUCGAAUAAUUUAAAGAAUUAUUAAUGUUGUAAGGAAACAGAUGGAGUGAAGAAUAAUGUGUUGAUUUUUUGAAAGAUAUAGAUCCUAAAAAUGAAGGAAGAAUUAAUUAUUUUGAUAUAGUUAAAAAAUUAAUGAAACGUUGA